UUCUAUAUAAACCUGCACACUUUGUGACAGUCACACAGGCAGGUCUUCAGGACUCCAGGAGAUCAGUCAGAAUGAGGGUGCUACUCGCUGUCGCCGCACUUGUGGUCGUGGUUGGUGCAGCCAGUGUCUCAAUGGAGGACCAGGAGUUUGAAUCCUGGAAACAGGAGCAUGGUAAGAGUUACAGUUCUGAGGAAGAGGAGUCUCAGCGUAAGAUGAGCUGGCUGACCAGUCGUAAUCUGGUUCUGGAGCACAACAAGCUGGCUGACCAGGGCCUUGAAAGCUACACACUCGAAAUGAACGAGUUUGCAGACAUGGAAGACCAGGAGUUCCAGGACUUGUACAGUGGCAGCCUGGAUUGCAGCAACAACACUGAGACUGAAUCUCUCUGUACGUCUACAUUCACCACAGAGAGCAUAGAUGAUGAUCUGCCCUGCAGAGUGGACUGGAGGGAGAAGGGCUAUGUGACGGGUGUUAAGAGGCAGAGGGGCUGUAGCUCCAGCUGGGCCUUCAGUGCGACGGGGGCGCUCGAGGGUCAGUGGUUCAAGAAGACAAGAAAGCUGAUUUGCCUGAGUGAGCAACAGCUGAUCGACUGCGCCGGGAGAUAUGGAAACCAUGGCUGUUUCGGCGGUUUGGCAGUCCGGGCCUUUAGGUACACCAUGCACAGAGGUCUGGAGGCAGGAUACAGCUAUCCCUAUAAGGCCCGGAGGUCCAGAAGAUGCCACUUUGAUCAAAGGAAGGUUAGGGCUACCUGCCAUGGCGUAGUGUGCUUGCCCAGAGGAAAUGAAAGAGCACUGAAGUAUGCUGUGGCCAAAGUUGGACCGAUUUCAGUAUCUGUAGACGCCUCCAGACGCUCCUUCAGGCUCUACAAGUCAGGUGUGUAUAACGAUCGCCACUGCAGCAACAAGUGCAUGAGCCACGCGGUCCUAAUAAUUGGUUACGGCAAAGCAGGAAAAAGCCGGCUUUACUGGCUGGUCAAGAACAGCUGGGGAGGUAAGUGGGGGGAAAGGGGCUACAUGAGGAUAUCCAGGAACAAGAAGAACCGGUGCGGCAUUGCCACAAGACCCGUCUACCCUCUUGUUUAAAGCAGAUGGGAGAAAAGGCCAAAGCACCGAUGAUCAUCUCUGGGAGAAAUAUCCCAAGCAACAGAAGCAGCAAAAAAAAAAAAAAAAAAAAAAGCAUGCAUUUGCUAUUUUACAUUAUACUUUUAUCUUUUUUCUUCUUCUUUGUCUUUUUGCAAGAAACCAUUUAGUACUUGCUUUUUUGUAAUACAGUUGUAUAUGCUGUACAUGAAACUGUUCCUGAAAUAAACUAACAGUUUUUUUAA